AUGCAGUCGACAUCUCGCUUAUUAAGAGCUGUGGGUAGACAAUCACCCAUUGUGCGACGUACACUUCAACAAAGAUUCAAUUCUACCACAACAACUGCUACUGAGGCUCCCAAGAAGGGCUACUCAAAAUGGAAGACUUUCAAAAAUAUCACUGCAGUUGGUACAGUUGGUUUCGUCGGCUAUACACUCUAUGAAAUGUACUAUCACCGUCAUCCCACUGAACAUCCCAAUCCUACUGACUCCAAAAAGAAAACUGUCGUGAUUCUCGGUAGUGGUUGGGCCAGUACCUCCUUCCUCAAGUCAAUUGAUACUGACCUCUACAACGUCGUGGUGGUGUCUCCUCGUAACUACUUCUUGUUCACCCCAUUGUUGCCCUCAUGUACCGUAGGCACCAUCGAUGUGCGUUCUUUGGUCGAACCUAUCCGUUUCAUUACUCGCCACAAGGAGAACGAAGUCAAGGUAUACGAAGCAGAGUGUACUGAAAUUGAUUCUGAAAAGAAGGUCAUUACUAUCGUUGAUAACUCCGAGGUAAAGGGCGAUAAUGCAACCAGCACUAUUCCGUACGACUACUUGGUCAUUGGUGUGGGUGCUCAAAGUCAGACAUUCGGUAUUAAGGGUGUUGAGGAGUACGGUUGUUUCCUCAAGGAGGUUUGGGAUGCUCAAAAGAUUCGUACAAAGUUGAUGGAUUGUAUCGAAACUGCCGCCUUCCCAGGCCAAUCUCCUGAGGAAAUUGAGCGUUUGUUGCACAUGGUGGUUGUGGGCGGCGGUCCCACUGGUAUCGAAUACGCUGCUGAACUCCACGAUUUCUUGGUCGAGGAUUUGACCCACUGGUACCCUGAACUCGCUGGCAAGAUCAAGAUUACUUUGGUCGAAGCUAUGCCCAAUGUUCUUCCCGCUUUCUCCAAGCAAUUGAUUGAUUAUACCGAAUCUACCUUCAAGCAGCAAAAUAUCCAUCUCCACACAAAGACUAUGGUCAAGGAAGUCAAGGAAAAGGAAAUCAUUGUGCAAGGCCCUGACGGAAACAAGGAGUCGAUGCCUUAUGGUUUGUUGGUUUGGGCUACUGGUAACACCUCUCGUCCUUUGGUCAAGAAUUUGAUGGCUCAAUUCCCCGAGACACAAAACAUUCGCCGUGGUUUGGCUGUCGACGACUGGCUUAGAAUGGCCGGCACCAACGACAUUUAUGCUCUGGGUGAUGCCACUGCUACCAAAUAUGCUCCUACUGCUCAAGUAGCUGCUCAACAAGGUAAAUACCUCGCUCGCGUCUUUGCCCAACUCCAUGCCACCGAACACUACGAGGCUCUAGUGGAAGAAUCCACUACACCAGAGGAAAAGGCCAAGAACAUGCGCAGAUUACAAAAGGCACAAGACAUCAAGCCAUUCCACUACUCCCAUCAAGGUUCUCUAUGUUACAUUGGUUCCGAUAAGGCUAUCGCUGACUUGCCUUUGGGUCCUGGUAACUUGGCAUCCGGUGGUGUUGCCACUUAUGCUUUCUGGCGCUCUGCUUACAUCUCUAACUUGUUCUCUGCUCGUAACAAGUGGUUGGUCAUUACUGAUUGGACCAAGAAGACUUUCUGGGGUCGUGAUAUUUCCAGAGAAUAA